GCGGCUGCUGGCGGGGUCUGCGCCUCGCGGUUUCGGAGCGAGCAGACGCUCGGGGAACAUGGCGGCGGCGGAGCCCGCGGUCCCGGCGCUCCCCAGCGGCGGUGGCUUGGGGGCGCCGUCGGGCACGGUCCCCGUGCUCUUCUGCUUCUCGGUCUUCGCGCGGCCCUCAGCCGUGCCGCACGGCGCGGGCUACGAGCUGCUCAUCCAGAAGUUCCUCAGUCUGUACGGCGACCAGAUCGACAUGCACCGCAAAUUCGUGGUGCAGCUCUUCGCGGAGGAGUGGGGCCAGUACGUGGACCUGCCCAAGGGCUUCACGGUGAGCGAGCGCUGCAAGGUGCGCCUCGUGCCGCUGCAGAUCCAGCUCACUACCCUGGGAAAUCUUACACCUUCAAGCACUGUGUUUUUCUGCUGUGAUAUGCAGGAAAGGUUCAGACCAGCCAUCAAGUAUUUUGGAGAUAUUAUUAGUGUGGGACAGAGAUUGUUACAAGGGGCCCGGAUUUUAGGAAUUCCAGUUAUUGUAACAGAACAGUACCCUAAAGGUCUUGGAAGCACUGUUCAAGAAAUUGAUUUAACGGGUGUAAAACUGGUACUUCCAAAGACCAAAUUUUCCAUGGUAUUACCAGAGGUAGAAGCAGCAUUAGCAGAGAUUCCUGGAGUCAGGAGUGUUGUGUUAUUUGGAGUAGAAACCCAUGUGUGCAUCCAACAGACAGCUCUGGAGCUUGUUGGCAGAGGUAUUGAGGUUCAUAUUGUCGCUGAUGCCACGUCGUCGAGAAGCAUGAUGGACAGGAUGUUUGCUCUUGAGCGUCUUGCUCGAACUGGGAUCAUAGUGACUACAAGUGAAGCUGUUCUGCUACAGCUGGUGGCUGAUAAAGAUCAUCCAAAAUUCAAGGAAAUUCAGAAUCUAAUUAAGGCGAGUGCUCCAGAGUCGGGUCUGCUUUCCAAAGUAUAAGACAUGUGAAGACCUGGUGUGCUACUCACCAUCAGGUGACAGGACUGUAAGCCCGGACAAAGCUCAUGUCUCUAGUAGAAUUAAAAUGUUAAGUCAAAAA